AUGCGGAGCUACAGCCGCUUUGUCUACUCUCCUUCUGCUUCGAAUACCAUCCGUCUGCUGCGCGUUCUGAGGGAUGAAGACCAAUUACGCUAUUGUUUGUCGACUUUCUCGAAAGACAACAUCCCCGAUUUCUAUGCUUUAUCAUACAGCUGGGAUGGCCAAUCACGAGAUCAGGUCAUUCUUUGCAAUGACACUUUGCUAGCGGUCACCUCAAACGUUCAAAAGCUCUUACCAUACCUUCAUCUCGAAUACAAAUCCAACUAUAUCUGGAUCGACGCCAUCUGCAUCGAUCAAGAUAGCCCUAUAGACCAAAACACUCAAAUUCCAUUGAUGCGAAUCAUCUACACAAAAGCCAUCAAGGUUAUCGUCUGGCUUGGCGAGAGUGACGCCCAUGUUGAUCGGGCACUUGAAGCGAUACCUGAACUCAUACCGAGGCUCCGUGGUUUCGAUGGCCGUUUGGGCCUAAAUGACGACAGGUUGAUGUCGCAUGGUUUACCAAAACGCUCUGAUGAGAUUUGGCAUGGAACUCGCGACCUCCUCUCUCGAUCCUGGUUCACUAGGUUGUGGGUUUUCCAAGAAGCAGUCCUCGCUGAGAGCGUUGUGGUCAUGUGCGGGAACAGGAUUAUGAAUAUGGAUGAGUUAGUUGACUUUACGGCGAGCAUGGCAUCUGCGUCAGUGGUGGACUUGACAAGAGAUACCGAUUCAGACUUCUUCGCCGUUCUCACAGGCCUGGCUAUGGUGCAAAGAAUAUCGCUCUUUAGAGAGUGGCGAGCUAAUGGUCAAGGCAUCAGCUUCAUGAGCCUCCUAGAAGCAAGCCGUGAUUUUUCCGUCACCCGAGACGCCGAUAAAGUCUACGGCCUCCUUGGCCUGGCUUCCGAUGCUCUCGGAGAAAUCCUCAGAGUUGAUGUGACUAAACCGGCCGUUGAGGUUUACAUCGAAGCAGCAAAGUUUGACAUCGCAAAUGACCCCACUCUCAGUAUUUUACGUUGUGCGUCUUCCAACCAGCCUCUUGAAGGUCUCCCAUCCUGGUGUCCUAACUUCUCAGGCCCUCGGGCCUCAGAAAUGCUCGGCAGCGAAGCAGCAAAGCAUGAUAUCGCAAAUAAUGCCGGUGUCAAAUUCUUCCCUUUGCUGUUUCCCAACCAGCCGUUCGCAAGUCUCCCAUCCUUGUGGUCCAACUUCGCGGGUCCGCGGACUACCUCCCGAUACAAACCUCUAAACGGCGAGGGUGGUCCGAUUCACCACGCAGGCCUGAACCCUUCCUUUCUAACCUCUACCUCUAGCAUCCUUCACGCCUUCAAUAACCUCUUUCACGCCACAACGUCCACAGUAAACAACCUCCUUAGCGUCAGCGGUGUAACACUCGAUCGAAUCGUCCAAGUCGUCCCCAAUGGCUGGCAAUGGGACAACUCCGCCAACAUCCCCCUCAGCGACGGCCGAGCAGCUCGUACACUCGUUUGGGAAGACGCUUGCUUGAAACUCUCUCAAAGAGUAUACUGUUCGCCUUCAAGCAGAGACGUUCCAGAAGCGCAUUGGCGCGCUCUUAUCGCCAACACCCUGAACGGCAAAAAGUGCACCAGCAACCAGCGCGACGUGUACGUCCUCAUGAAAGUCGGCUUGGCUAUCGCCGCCGCGAUGGAGCGCCAGCCUGCGAUUGCGCGUUCGAUGGAUUACUGA